AAAGACUCUGGUGCGAUGCUACAUGGGGGAGACCACCCAGUUCCCAGUGUGGAGCUUCACUUCUGGUCCACUCAACGAGACAAUCUCCGGGGCAUUCAGUCUCAAAUCCAAAGUCCCAAAGUGCAAAAAAUCAUGGACAUCCUGAAGAGGGUUGAAAGCAGUUACUACUACGCUUUCCAGGAUGUCUGCCGCAAAGUUGAUGAUGCGGUGCUGGAGGCAGAUGACAUUGACCUGUAUCUAAGGCCCCUGCGGAGGAUGAUCAGUAACUUAGAAGAGAGGAGUUUCCCACACACAGAGAGCUUGCUCCAUCCUCUCUAUCACACGCUCUGCCUCAUCUGGAGCCACUCCAAAUACUACUGCACUCCACAGCGCAUGGUGGUGCUUCUGCAGGAGUUCUGCAACCUGAUCAUUGAAAAGGCGUUUGCAUACCUGAUCCCUGAGGAACUUUUUAAGAUGGAGCUGGAGGAAGGGGUGGAGCGUGUCCAGAUUACAAUCACAGUACUCCAGACUUUCAAGCAGCUGUUCCAUACAUACAGGCAGCAGGUGCCCCAGUAUUACAAAUACAGCCACUUAGUGAAACUCUGGGACUUUCCCGCUUCACUGGUGUUUCAGCGCACAGAUCGCAUCAUGGAGAGACUGCAUAUGGUUGAGGGGUUAUUUGCAACAGCUUUGGACUUUCUGAAGUUGGAGAAAGUUGAACUGGGUGGAUCCAGAGGGAAGGUGUUAAAUGAGAUGGUUUUCACCCUGAAUGAGGAGUUUCAUGACCGAUGGAGAGCGCUCAGAGAAAGCAAAUAUGACCCUUUAGACUACACCAAAGAUGGUUUUGUGCAUCAUUAUAAAACAUUUAUGGAGCAGACCAAAGACUUUGACCAGAGGCUGGGAACAGUUCUUAAUUUGGCUUUUCAGCACUCCAAAAACCUCAAGUCCACCUUUAAGUUACUGAAAAUAUUUGGAACGCUGCUUGACAGACCCAGGAUCCACCAGCUGUUUUCUCCAAAUUAUAAUAUGGUGCUAGCCAUGUUCAGUGAGGAGAUAGAGCAGUGUCAAUUUAUUCUUGACCAGCACAAAGAGCAAUUGCAGUCUGGCACAGUUAUCUUGGGGAAAAACAUGCCAUCAGUGGCUGGAAAUCUUGAGUGGUCUCAAGAACUUCGAAAGCGUAUUCUCACUAACAGGAGCAACCUUUGCCAGCUCGCACAAAUGCCUCUAGGAAGUGCAGAAGCUGAUGACGUGUUACAGAGGUGCGAACGUAUGCUGACGACCUUAGACCAACAUGAUGACGAGCUCUUCAAAGAGUGGACGGUGGGACUGGAGAGAAUGUGCCAGAAACAUCUGAGUGAUCCACUGCUGACUUUAGACAGGGACACAGGCAUGUUCCAGGUCAACUUCAGUCCUGUGUUAACCUCUGUAUUGAGAGAGGUGAAGUAUCUAGGAAUCCUAAAAAGUCAGAACAUUCCUAAAGCAGCUCUACACCUCUACUCCAGUCGUGAACGUCUUCACAUUUACACACAGACACUGACCUUCAUAACUCAGUGGUACAAUCAGCUGCACAGCACCAUCCUGGCUGUGGAGCUGGGCCUGGUCAAAGCUGAGAUGGACAGAGCGACACAGCAGCUCGAGCCCGCUGUGCGAGAGUUGACCUGGGCUCAGGAUGACCUGUGGUCCUACAUCGAGAGCACACGAGACCUUAUCAAAAGCCUCUCUAGUCAUGUCCAGAAGAGCAAGGCUAACGUGGAGGCUAUCCAGGCUCUCAUGGGGAGAUUUAGUCACCGUGCUUUCAUCACUAGAAAAAGUCGCACACUGACUCUGCUCAGCUUCACUGACAUAGAAGACAGUGUUACCAAACAGCACACACUUAUCAGCAAUACUGGAGAAGACAUACACAAACUAUUGCAGGAGAACCAGUCUCUGCUUGGAAUGACAGCCUUGGAGAGCCCCGAGUGGCAGGCAUAUACAGACUACAUAGACCACAUGAUCCUGUCAGGAUUCGCUAGUGCAGUGCGCUGCUCCCUGCAGUACCUCAUUGAUAACACAGACUCAGAACAAAACAUUUUACCACUGUUUGGGCUCCAGCUGGUUCUCAAUAACAACGAAAUGGCAUUUGACCCCUGUCUUGACUUUGGGCAGACUGGCAACUUUUAUGACAUUGUUGAUAAGAUGGUCACUAAUAUCACUAAUAUGGGAUCCUUUAUUCCUCGUGUCGCCAAGCAUAAAAUGUUGGAUAAUUAUCAGAGGGACAUAAAUGAAAUGGAGGAUUUGUCUGAGAUGUGCCGCACAAUCCGUUCAAGAGCGCGUUCUGCUAUUGCCAAAGUCAGAGAAUACCAGGGAUCAUUUGCUAGUUACCGUUACCUCUGGACUGAUGAUAGGGCUGAAUUUAUGAGGCAGUUUUUGUUCUACGGCUAUGUGCUGAGCACUGAAGAGGCUGAACUUUAUGCUGACUAUGAACUGAAGAAAAAUCCACCCACCCUGGACAACUUUAAAGAACAAAUAAACAUGUUUGAGACUUUGUAUGAACGUGUCAGUAAAAUGGAGGACUGUAGGGUGUUCUGCGGGUGGCUUCAGCUUGACAUUUCACCAUUCAAACACACACUGAUGAAUGUGAUUAAAAAGUGGAGCUGGAUGUUCAAGGAGCAUCUGCUUAACCACGUGAACCAGAGCGUGAGGGAUCUCUCCGCUUUCGUUCAGGACACGGCCCGAGGGCUCUCUAAAAAAGUGUCAGAUGGGGACUAUGCUGGACUUGUGGACAUUAUGGGACACCUAAUGGCCAUGAGGGACAGGCAGAUAAGCAAUGAUCAACACUUCAAACCUCUCAAGUCCACUGCUGAGCUGCUGAAAACCUAUGGACAGCAGCUACCAGACAGUGUAUACAUCCAACUUGAGGAGCUCCCAGAGAAGUGGAAAAGUCUGAGGAAAAUUGCGUUCACUGUUAAACAUGAAGUGGCGCCUCUGCAGUCUAAUGAGGUUUCAGUUAUCCGCAGGAAGUGUGUCCGGUUUGAGGUCAAGCAGCAUGAGUUUAGAGAACACUUUCGAACUGAAUCAAUUUUCAGGAUAAGCGUGGAGGAACCCUAUAGAAAACUUGAUACUUGUCAUCGCGGAGUUGCAGUGAUGGAAGCUGAAAUGAAGAAGCUUCAAGACACAGCCAAUCUGUUUGAAGUCAGCUUUCCAGAUUAUAGACAACUCCGACAGUGCCGUUCAGACAUUGUGUUGGUCAAGGCUGUUUGGGACAUGGUUAUGUUUGUUAAGACAAGUAUAGAAGAUUGGACUAAGACACCAUGGAAGGAGAUUAAUGUUGAACAAAUGGACAUGGAGCUUAGACGUUUUGCUAAAGAGAUGAAGCUAUUGGAUAAAGAGGUGCGAGUGUGGGAUGUGUACAUGGGGUUGGAGUCCACAGUUAAAAACAUGCUCACAUCUUUAAGAGCAGUAAAUGAACUGCAGAACUCGGCUGUCAGGGAGCGGCACUGGCAGCAGCUUAUGAACACCACCGGGGUAACAUUUGUGAUGGGGAAAGGCACUACCCUUGGAGACUUAUUGGAGUUACAACUCCAUCGUGUGGAAGAGGAGGUCAAAAACAUAGUAGAUAAGGCUGUAAAGGAAAUGGCUAUUGAAAAGGUCUUAGUAGAAAUAACCCAAACAUGGAGCAUAAUGUCAUUGUCCUAUGAGACUCACACCAGCACAGGGAUGCCUCUGCUCAAAGCAGAUGAGAACCUUAUAGAAACACUCGAGGACAAUCAGGUCCAGCUACAAAACAUCCUGAUGAGUAAGUAUGUGGAGUAUUUCCAGACAGAGGUGAGUGGCUGGCAGAGGAAGCUGAUGGUGGCAGAUCUGGUCAUCUCGUCCUGGAUGUCAGUGCAGAGGACGUGGGCUCAUCUCAACAGUAUCUUCACUAACAGUGAUGACAUUCGCUGCCAGCUGGCCAGUGAUGCUGAACGCUUCCAGGGAAUACACAAUGACCUUCAUUCAUUGAUGACUAAGACGAUAGAGAACAGUAAUGUAGUGGAGGUGACCAAUUUCCCUGGCUUUUUGGAGAACCUUGAGGCCCUGCAGCAGAGAUUGUCGGUGUGUGAGAAGGCACUGGCUGAGUAUCUGGAAACCAAACGACUUACUUUCCCCAGGUUUUACUUUGUGUCUGCCUCCGAUCUGCUGGAAAUAGUCUCAAAGGGAACACAGCCCAAACAAGUGACAAGACACUUGUUAAAGUUAUUUGACAACAUUGCAGACCUACGUUUCACAGACUCGGAACGAGGAGGAGGCAAAGAGGAGGAGGGGGUUGCUGUGGCGAUUGGCAUGUACAGCCGAGAGGGAGAGUAUGUUCCCUUCUCAGAGGCCUGUGUGUGUGAAGGACAGGCAGAGUCGUGGUUAAAUGCAUUGGAGAAUGCCAUGCGGAGUACAGUGCGAAAAGAGAUUCAGGAGGCAGUGGCUGCUUAUGAAGACAAACCUCGAGACCAGUGGCUUUUUGACUACCCUGCACAGGUGGGCUUGACUGGAAGUCAGGUGUGGUGGGCCACAGAUGUACAAAUAGCUUUUGAGAGAGUAGAGGAAGGGUUUGAAACGGCCCUAAAAGACUACAACAAAAAACAAAUCACACAGUUAAACUCACUAAUCCACAUGUUACUUGGUGAAUUAACACCUGGAGACAGACAGAAGAUAAUGACAAUCUGCACUAUUGAUGUACAUGCUAGAGAUGUAGUUGCUAGUCUGAUAAGUCAAAAGGUUACAACAGCUCAGGCGUUUUCAUGGCUUUCUCAACUACGCCAUCGAUGGGAUGAUGAAACCAGGCAUUGUUAUGUGAACAUUUGUGAUGCCCAGUUCCAGUUUAGCUACGAAUAUCUGGGAAACACAAACAGACUGGUCAUCACCCCACUCACUGACAGGUGUUACAUAACCCUGACUCAGUCCCUACACCUGACCAUGAGUGGUGCCCCCUCUGGGCCAGCAGGGACUGGUAAAACUGAGACCACUAAAGAUUUGGGGCGCUCCCUGGGCAUCAUGGUGUAUGUCUUCAAUUGCUCUGAACAGAUGGAUUACAAGUCCAUAGGCAAUAUUUACAAAGGAUUGGCUCAAACAGGAGUAUGGGGAUGCUUUGAUGAAUUCAACAGAAUUUCAGUCGAAGUAUUGUCAGUUGUUGCUGUACAAGUCAAAACUAUCCAGGAUGCCGUACGGAAUAAAAAACAAAGAUUUUAUUUCUUGGGAGAAGAAAUAGAGCUGAAACCAACUGUGGGGAUCUUCAUCACUCUGAACCCAGGUUAUGCUGGUCGAGCACAGCUGCCAGAGAAUCUUAAAGCACUAUUCAGACCAUGUGCCAUGGUGAUCCCUGACUUUGAGUUGAUCUGUGAAAUCAUGUUGGUGGCAGAAGGAUUUAUAGAUGCUCGGCUUUUGGCACGCAAGUUUAUAAGCCUCUAUACCCUCUGCAAAGAGCUGUUGUCCAAACAGGAUCACUAUGACUGGGGUUUGAGGGCCAUCAAAUCUGUCCUUGUUGUGGCUGGAUCUCUGAAGAGGGAGGACAGGAGCAGGCCUGAGGAACAAGUACUGAUGCGAGCCUUAAGAGACUUCAAUCUCCCAAAGAUUGUGACCAGUGAUGUGCCAAUUUUCUUGGGGCUCAUCAGUGACUUGUUCCCUCAGUUAGAUGUACCAAGGAAGAAGGAUCCAGAGCUCGAAAAGGCUGUGCGUCAGUCUGUUGGCGAGCUGCGACUUCAGCCUGAGGAGAACUUCAUACUUAAGGUGACUCAACUGGAGGAGCUGCUUGCCGUCCGUCACUCUGUGUUUGUUGUUGGCGGGCCAGGCACUGGAAAAAGCCAGAUCUUAAAGACUCUACACAGAACUUAUUCAAACAUGAAGAUGAAGCCUAUUUGGACUGACAUGAAUCCUAAAGCAGUAACCACAGAUGAGCUUUUUGGUUUCCUGCACCCUGCCACGAGAGAAUGGAAAGAUGGUUUGUUUUCCUCUACAAUGAGAGAACUGACCUCAGUGGGACAUGAUGGCCCAAAAUGGAUUGUUCUUGAUGGGGAUAUUGACCCUAUGUGGAUCGAGUCACUCAACACAGUCAUGGAUGAUAAUAAGGUUCUCACCUUGGCCAGUAAUGAGAGGAUCAGCCUGUCCUCCUCUAUGCGCUUGCUAUUUGAGAUUUCACAUUUAAAAGCUGCUACACCUGCCACCGUGUCCAGAGCAGGAAUUCUCUAUGUCAACCCACAGGACAUUGGCUGGAGCUCUUAUGUUGCCAGCUGGAUAGAAAUGAGACAGGCCCAGUCAGAGCGAGCAAACCUCACCAUCCUUUUUGACAAGUACGUUCCUUAUUGUCUGGAGCAAGUGCGCUGCAACCUCAAAACCAUCACACCAAUGCCAGAAAAUAGCAUGGUUCAGACGCUGUGCUCUUUGUUGGACUGCCUGCUGACCAAUGAGAAUACUCCACCAGACUCUCCUAGAGAACUGUAUGAGGUUUACUUUGUCUUUGCUUGUGUCUGGGCAUUUGGAGGAGCACUCUUCCAAGAUCAUUUGAAUGACUAUAAGGCUGAAUUUAGCCGAUGGUGGUGCAAAGAGAUGAGAGCGGUGAAGUUUCCGUCUCAGGGCACAGUCUUUGAUUAUUACAUUGACCCAGAGACUAAAAAGUUUACUCCCUGGAGUGAAACCAUCGUGCCCUUUGAACUUGAGCCUGAUGUUCCAUUGCAGACGGUAUUGGUUCACACUCCAGAAACCAUUUGUCUAACGUACUUCAUGGACCUGUUGCUGCAGCGAGGCAAACCCAUUAUGUUAGUGGGAAAUGCAGGAGUGGGUAAAACAAUCCUAGUGUAUGAUAAGGUUUCCAAGCUAAAAGAGAACUUCAUGGUGGCUAAAGUGCCCUUCAACUACUACACUACUUCUGCCAUGCUCCAACGAGUCUUGGAGAAACCUCUUGAGAAAAAAGCAGGUCGUAAAUUUGCUCCACCAACUCCCAAGAGGCUCAUUUACUUCAUAGAUGACCUCAACAUGCCUGAGGUGGACGUUUAUGGGACUGUGCAGCCGCACACGCUCAUUCGACAGCAUCUCGACUACAACCACUGGUAUGACAGGCAACGGCUGGUACUCAAGGAAAUCCAUAACUGCCAGUAUAUUACCUGUAUGAAUCCGACAGCGGGAAGCUUCUCAGUCAACCCCAGACUACAGAGACACUUUGCUGUGUUUGCAGUGCAUUUCCCAAGUGCAGAUGCAUUAGCCACCAUCUUCUCUAGCAUACUAUCUGCUCAUUUUCUCCAAGGAGGAUUCAGCUAUGGAGUUUCUCGAUCAGUAGGGAUCCUAAUACAGGCUGCCAUUUGUCUACAUCAGAAAAUUAGCCAGAACUUUCUCCCAACUGCCAUACGUUUUCAUUACAUAUUCAACCUGCGAGACCUCUCCAAUAUCUUUCAGGGCAUCCUAUUUGCCCUGCCUGAGUGUAUUCGUUACCCAUUGGAGCUGGUUCACCUGUGGCUGCACGAGAGCUCCAGGGUCUACUCCGACAAACUCAUGGAAGAGAAAGAUGUGGAACUGUUUAAAAAAAUACUCCUGGACACUGGCAAAAGAUAUUUUGAGGGAAUAGAUGAGUCCAUGUUCAUCCACCAGCCACUGGUGUACUGUCAUUUUGCACAAGGACUUGGGGAGGCUCGUUAUCACCAGGCCUCCGACUGGGAGAAACUCCAGAAGACCCUGUCAGAGGCUCUUGAGCAUUAUAAUGAGCUGCACGCUGUCAUGGACCUAGUGUUGUUUGAAGAAGCGAUCCAGCAUGUGUGUCGUAUUAGCCGUAUUCUGGAGGCCCCUUAUGGUAAUGCUCUUCUCGUGGGUGUCGGAGGGAGUGGAAAGCAAAGUCUAUGUCGCCUGGCUGCCUUUCUCAGUUCUUUGGAGGUUUUCCAAAUCACACUGCGUAAAGGCUAUGGCAUCAGUGAUCUCAAGAGCGAUAUAGCAGCCUUGUAUAUCAAAGUGGGAGUGAAAAAUAUUGGGACAGUAUUCCUUCACACAGAUGCCCAGAUUCCAGAUGAGCGGUUCUUGGUGCUCAUCAAUGAUAUGUUGGCAUCAGGUGAUAUCCCAGAUCUGUUCAGCGAUGAAGAGGUGGAUAUGAUUGUGACAUCGAUUCGAAUGGAGUUGAGAGGCUUAGGCCUAAUAGACAGCAGAGACAACUGUUGGAACUUUUUUAUUGAGAGAAUAAGAAGGCAGCUGAAGGUCGUCCUGUGUUUCUCUCCUGUUGGAUUUACUUUACGUACACGGGCACGCAAGUUUCCAGCUUUGGUCAAUUGUACCGCUAUAGACUGGUUUCAUCCUUGGCCCCAGCUUGCUUUGCAGUCUGUCAGCUCUACAUUUAUUGAGAAGAUACCUGGAUUAGAGCGAAAUGUAAGGUCUUCCAUCAGUGAAUUUAUUUCCUUUGCACACACAAGUGUCAACGAGGUGAGUGUGAAAUACCAGCAGAAUGAAAAACACUUUAACUACACCACACCUAAGAGCUUCCUUGAGUUCAUGAAACUCUACGGCAACCUGCUGGGGAAGAAACGCACUGAGCUGACACAGAAGAUGGAGAGGUUGGAGAACGGCCUUCAGAAGCUUAAAUCAACUGCUGCACAGGUGGAAGAUUUAAAGGCCAAGUUAGCAGUCCAAGAGGUAGAGCUGUGGCAAAGAAACAAUGAGAUUGAGGCUCUUAUUGCUAAAAUUGGGCAACAGAAAGACAAGCUCAACCAGGAAAGGGCUGUGGCAGAUGGGGAGGAGCAAAAGGUUGCGGCCAUCCAAGCCAAAGUAACUAAACAGCAGCAAGAAACUGAAGACGACCUGGCUAAAGCUGAGCCAGCACUACAGGCAGCCAAUGCAGCACUAAACACUCUAAACAGGUUAAACCUGACAGAACUGAGGACAUUUCCCAACCCUCCAGCCAUCGUCACCAAUGUCUCGGCAGCUGUUCUGGUGCUGCUCGCUCCCCAAGGACGAAUACCUAAAGAUCGCAGCUGGAAAGCUUGCAAGAUCAUCAUGAGCAAGGUGGAUGAUUUCCUCCAGGCUCUUGUAAACUUUGAUAAAGAGCACAUCCCUGAACCUACAGUGAAGUGUAUAAAAGAAGACUAUCUCAGUGACCCAGAGUUCAACCCUGACUUUGUGAAGCAGAAGUCCUCAGCCGCUGCAGGCCUCUGUGCCUGGGUCAUUAAUAUCAUACACUUCCAUGAGAUAUUUGUUUUCUGUGAAGUUGAGAUGAAGAGGAUGUGUCUGUCCCAGGCCAAUGCUGAUUUAGCAGAGGCUGCUGAAAAACUAGAGGUUAUUCGCAGGAAACUUGCUGAGUUAGAUGGUAAUCUGGAAACUCUAACUACAGCUUAUAAGACAGCCACAUCAGAGAAAGUUCGCUUCCAGGAAGAAGUCAAUAACACUAAUAACACAAUAGAACUAGCUAAUCGUCUGGUAAAAGGACUAGAGAGUGAGAAUGUUCGCUGGGGCCAUUCUGUGGCCCAGUAUUAUGAACAAGAGGAAACUCUGUGUGGAGACGUGCUCCUGACUGCAGCUUUCAUCUCUUAUGCCGGAUCCUUCUCUAAGAAGUAUAGGAGAGAACUGCUGGACCAUAUGUGGAUGCCGUUUCUACGCGAACAAAAAACAAUCAUUCCCAUGACUCAAGGCUUAGAUCCAGUGUCAAUGUUGACUGAUGAUGCAAUGGUAGCCCAGUGGAACAAUGAAGGCUUGCCUGGGGAUAAGAUGUCCACUCAGAAUGCAACCAUCCUCACAAACUGUGAGCGCUGGCCUCUCCUCAUUGACCCUCAGCUACAGGGAAUAAAAUGGAUAAAGAGCCGCUUUGGCAGCAGCCUCAAAGUUGUGAGUCUUGGGCAGAAAGGCUACGUAGAUGUAAUCGAGCAGGCUGUAGUGGCUGGAGAAACUGUCCUCAUUGAAAAUCUAGAAGAAACUAUAGACCCUGUUAUUGACCCCCUGCUGGGGCGACAUACUAUCAAAAAGGGCAGUUGUAUAAAGGUUGGGGACAAGGAAUGCUAUUUCCAUCCAGGUUUCAGGCUGAUUCUCCACACAAAGUUAGCCAAUCCUCAUUAUAAACCAGAGAUUCAAGCUCAGACCACUCUCAUUAACUUCACUGUGACCAGAGACGGGCUGGAGGAUCAGCUCCUGGCUCAGGUGGUCAACCAGGAGAGACCUGACCUUGAGCACUUGAAGAGUGAACUGACCAAGCAGCAAAACAUGUUUAAGAUUGAACUGAAGCUUCUGGAGGACGAGCUGCUCACGCGGCUGUCGGCCGCUGAGAGUAAUUUUCUGGGUGACAAUGUCCUGGUGGAGAAACUAGAGACCACUAAACACACUGCUGCGGAAAUCGAGAUGAAGGUCCAGGAAGCCAAGGUCAAUGAAGUCAAGAUAAAUGAAGCUAGAGAGCACUAUCGGCCUGUUGCCGUCAGAGCUUCUCUUCUGUACUUUAUUAUGAAUGACCUGAACAAAAUCAAUGCUAUGUACCAAUUCAGCCUCAAGGCCUUUAAUGUAGUGUUCCAUAAAGCAGUGGAGACAGCAGAGAAAAGUGACGAUGUGACGAGCCGUGUGAACACACUCAUAGACUGUGUUACAUACUCCACUUUUAUCUACAUCAGCAGAGGACUGUUUGAGAGGGAUAAGCUAACCUUCACUGCCCAGUUGGCUUUCCAGCUGCUCCUUCUGAGUAAAGAAAUAGAUGUACGAGAGCUGGACUUCCUGUUACGCUUCAACAUUGACCACACUUACAUCAGUCAACUCGAAUUUCUGUCCAACUCAGCAUGGAGUGCUAUUAAGGUCAUGAGCUUUACAGAUGAAUUUCGAGGUUUGGAUCGAGACAUUGAAGGUUCGCCUAAACGCUGGAAGAAGAUAGUGGAGUCUGAGUGCCCAGAGAAGGAGAAAUUUCCUCAAGAGUGGAAAGGCAAAAGUGCCCUGCAGAAAUUGAUCAUCAUAAGAGCCAUACGGCCAGAUCGCAUGACAUAUGCCCUGAGGAAUUUUGUCGAAGAGAAACUUGGUGUAAAAUAUACAGAAGGCCGGAAGACAGACUUUGCAAAGUCCUUCAGAGAAAGUGGCCCAGCCUCUCCUGUAUUUUUCAUCCUCUCUCCUGGUGUAGAUCCACUUAAGGAUGUGGAGUCUCUGGGAAAGAAACUGGGUUUUACAAUUGACCUUGGGAAGCUUCACAAUGUGUCACUGGGUCAGGGCCAAGAAGCUGUUGCUGAGGUUGCCAUGGAACAAGCUGCAAAGGAGGGACACUGGGUUAUACUACAGAACAUCCACCUGGUUGGGCGCUGGCUGGGCUCCCUGGAGAAACUGCUGGAGCGCUGCUGUGAGGGCAGUCAUCCUGACUAUCGAGUUUUUAUGAGUGCAGAGCCAGCACCACUGCCCCAGGAGCACAUAAUCCCCCAGGGCAUUCUAGAAAAUGCUAUAAAGAUCACCAAUGAACCUCCCACAGGGAUGCAUGCCAAUUUACAUGCUGCUCUUGAUAACUUUGACCAGGAUAUCUUAGAUCAGUGCAGCCGUGAACAGGAAUUCAAGACCAUCCUCUUCUCCCUGUGUUACUUUCAUGCCUGUGUGGCAGAAAGGAGGAAAUUUGGGCCCCAGGGCUGGAACAGAAAGUACCCUUUUAACACUGGAGACUUGACCAUAUCUGUAAAUGUGCUCUAUAACUAUUUAGAGGCUAAUGCACAGGUGCCUUGGGAGGACCUGAGGUAUCUCUUUGGAGAGAUCAUGUAUGGUGGACAUAUCACUGAUGACUGGGACAGACGCCUCUGCAGAACGUACCUGGAAGAAUACAUGCAGCCUAACCAGUUUGACAGAAAACUUUCAUUAGCUCCAGGGUUUGUUGUACCUUCCAAUUUGGACUAUCAGGGCUAUCAUGAUUUUAUCGAUGAGAUGCUGCCCCAUGAGAGCCCAGUACAUUAUGGGCUGCACCCCAACGCAGAAAUUGAGUUUCUGACUGUGACAUCAGAUGCCCUUUUUCACACUCUGCUGGAGCUACAGUCUCCUGAUGCAGUGAUGGGGGAGGGGGCCUCACAGACCCUGGAGGAGAAGGUAAAAUCUAUUCUAGACGAGGUGCUGGAGAAGCUCCCAGAGGAGUACAAUAUGUCAGACAUCACAUCUAAGACGGCCGAGCGUUCCCCCUACAUCCUGGUGUGUUUCCAAGAGUGUGAGCGAAUGAACACUUUGAUCUUGGAAAUCCGCCGCUCGUUAAAGGAACUUGACCUGGGACUUAAGGGGGAGCUUGCAAUAUCCUCUGAAAUGGAAAAGCUCCAGACUGCCUUAUUCUUUGACAAUGUCCCUGAUACCUGGACCAAACUGGCCUAUCCCUCCAUCUACAGCCUGUCAGUUUGGUACAAUGAUGUGCUGCAGCGCUGUAAGGAACUGGACAGCUGGACUCAGGACCUGUCCUUGCCCAGUGUUGUUUGGCUCUCUGGACUUUUCAACCCGCAGUCAUUCCUCACUGCUGUGAUGCAGUCUUUGGCCCGGAAGAAUGAGUGGCCACUAGACAAAGUGAACUUAACUGUGGAUGUGACCAAGAAAUUUAAAGAAGAGUUCAACCAGCCCGCCAGAGAGGGGGCUUAUGUCUAUGGACUCUUUAUGGAAGGAGCCAGGUGGGAUACUCAGGCUGGAGUGAUCACAGAAGCUCGAUUAAAGGAACUGACUCCAACCAUGCCUGUAAUUUCUGUUCGAGCUGUUCCCAAUGACCGCCAUGAGACCAGGAACAUCUAUGAGUGUCCUCUCUAUAAGACUAAGAUAAGAGGACCUACGUAUGUGUGGACUUUUAGUUUAAAAACCAGAGAACGGCCUGCCAAGUGGGUCUUGGCUGGAGUAGCUCUACUUCUCAGUGUGUAA